CCAAUCACAGAACGUCACGUUACACACGUGACCGCCGACAGAAGUGACUCCAGAGUGGAUGCGUUUCUCGCUGCAGUGAGAUUCUUUAGCGGAGACUGUUUAACAGUGAACAGGCAGCGCGAACUCCGGCAUUAGGAUUCGUUUUAUUUAAGGGCAUAAUGUCUCGGAGAUAUGACUCAAGGACGACUAUUUUCUCUCCAGAGGGCCGUCUGUAUCAGGUAGAGUAUGCCAUGGAGGCCAUUGGUCACGCUGGCACCUGUCUGGGCAUCCUGGCCAAUGACGGCGUGCUGCUGGCGGCAGAGAGGAGAAACAUCCACAAACUUCUGGACGAGGUGUUCUUCUCAGAGAAGAUUUACAAACUCAAUGAAGACAUGGCAUGCAGUGUAGCGGGAAUUACAUCAGAUGCCAACGUCCUCACAAACGAGCUGAGACUCAUCGCACAGAGGUACCUGCUGCAGUAUCAGGAGCCCAUUCCCUGCGAGCAGCUGGUCACUGCGCUGUGUGACAUCAAACAGGCUUACACACAGUUUGGAGGUAAAAGGCCCUUUGGUGUGUCUCUGCUGUAUAUGGGAUGGGACAAACACUACGGCUUCCAGCUCUAUCAGAGUGACCCCAGCGGAAACUAUGGAGGCUGGAAAGCCACGUGUAUUGGCAACAACAGCGCAGCUGCUGUGUCAAUGCUGAAGCAGGACUAUAAAGAGGGAGAGAUGACUCUGUCCUCUGCCCUCGCUCUCGCCGUCAAAGUGCUGAAUAAAACCAUGGACGUCAGCAAGCUCUCAGCAGAGAAAGUGGAGAUCGCCACACUGACACGAGAGAACGGCAAGACCAGAAUCAAAGUCCUCAAGCAGAAGGAAGUGGAAGAACUGAUCAAGAAACACGAAGCAGAAGAGGCCAAAGCAGAGAAAGACAAGAAAGAGAAAGAACAGAAGGAGAAAGACAAAUAAAACGCAUGCACUUGUUUUCUAUUCAAAUGCAAACGCCCGCUGGGACUCCCAGAGAAAUUCAUAUUGCUCCGUCUGUCAAUCUGUCAUUUUCUUUAUUAAACACAAAAUGAGAAGAUAAA